GCUGCUGCAGCACUUAUGGCAGGUCUUGCUCCCAAAACCAAGGUUCUGAGAGAUGGAAGGUGGACCGAGCAGGAGGCUGCUAUAUUGGUACCAGGAGACAUAAUCAGCAUCAAAUUAGGAGACAUCGUCCCAGCUGAUGCACGUCUCUUAGAUGGAGAUCCCCUGAAGAUCGAUCAAUCUGCACUCACUGGUGAGUCUUUGCCUGUUACUAAGAACCCUGGUGAUGAAGUCUUCUCUGGCUCAACAGUAAAACAAGGAGAGAUUGAGGCUGUUGUAAUCGCUACUGGGGUACACACCUUCUUCGGUAAGGCUGCACACUUGGUGGACAGCACUAACCAAGUUGGUCAUUUCCAAAAGGUGUUGACAGCCAUUGGUAACUUCUGCAUUUGUUCAAUUGCUGUGGGCAUGAUCAUAGAGCUUGUUGUCAUGUACCCGAUUCAGCACCGCAAGUAUAGGAAUGGCAUUGACAAUCUCUUGGUGCUUCUCAUUGGAGGGAUUCCUAUUGCCAUGCCAACAGUGUUGUCAGUGACAAUGGCUAUUGGUUCCCAUAGGUUGUCCGAGCAAGGUGCUAUCACCAAGAGGAUGACAGCCAUUGAGGAGAUGGCUGGGAUGGAUGUUUUGUGCAGUGACAAGACUGGCACUCUAACACUGAACAAGCUUACUGUAGACAAGAGUUUGGUUGAGGUUUUUUCAAAAGAUACUGACAAGGAUCAAGUAAUUUUGCUUGGAGCUAGGGCCUCUAGGGUAGAGAACCAAGAUGCUAUUGAUGCUUGCAUUGUUGGAAUGUUGGGUGAUCCAAAGGAGGCUAGAGAUGGAAUUACAGAGGUGCAUUUCCUUCCCUUUAAUCCAGUGGACAAACGUACAGCAAUAACAUACAUAGACACUGAGGGAAAUUGGCACCGAGUAAGCAAAGGAGCACCAGAGCAGAUUAUCGAACUUUGCAAUCUUCGUGAAGAUGUGAAGAAGAAAGCUCAUUCCAUUAUAGAUAAAUUUGCUGAUCGUGGUCUUCGUUCCCUUGCUGUUGGAAAACAAGUGAUACCAGAAAAGAACAAGGAGAGUGCAGGAGGACCAUGGCAAUUUGUGGGUCUGUUGCCUCUCUUUGACCCACCAAGGCAUGACAGUGCAGAGACUAUUCGUCGUGCUCUCCAUUUAGGAGUGAACGUUAAGAUGAUUACUGGUGAUCAACUAGCUAUUGGGAAGGAAACUGGUCGCAGGCUUGGUAUGGGAAGUAACAUGUACCCUUCAUCCUCACUCCUUGGAGAGCACAAAGAUGAGUCUAUUGCUGGCCUUCCAGUUGAUGAACUUAUUGAGAAAGCUGAUGGCUUUGCUGGAGUCUUCCCAGAACAUAAAUAUGAGAUUGUGAAAAGACUUCAGGACAGGAAACACAUAUGUGGGAUGACUGGAGAUGGUGUGAAUGAUGCUCCUGCACUUAAAAGAGCAGAUAUUGGAAUUGCAGUGGCUGAUGCAACCGAUGCAGCUCGAGGUGCAUCUGAUAUAGUCCUCACGGAGCCAGGUUUGAGUGUCAUUGUGACUGCAGUCAUGACAAGCAGAGCCAUUUUUCAGAGAAUGAAGAACUACACAAUAUAUGCUGUUUCUAUAACAAUCCGAAUUGUGUUGGGCUUUAUGCUUCUUGCUCUCAUCUGGAAAUUUGAUUUCUCUCCUUUUAUGGUUUUGAUCAUUGCCAUACUUAAUGAUGGGACUAUCAUGACCAUUUCCAAGGAUAGGGUGAAGCCAUCUCCUAUGCCAGAUUCAUGGAAGCUGAGAGAGAUUUUUGCCACAGGCAUAGUGCUUGGUGCAUACCUAGCUGUUAUGACUGUAGUCUUCUUCUGGGCUGCUCAUGCAUCUGACUUCUUCACGGACAAAUUUGGCGUGAGAUCUAUCAGGGACAGUCACCAUGAACUGACAGCAGCUGUUUACCUUCAAGUGAGUAUUGUAAGUCAAGCUCUCAUCUUUGUUACUCGGUCAAGGAGCUGGUCUUACAUUGAACGUCCUGGAGUCCUUCUUGUUGUUGCCUUUCUGAUAGCACAGCUGAUUGCCACAAUCAUAGCUGUGUAUGGAGACUGGGGCUUUGCAAAAAUGAAAGGAAUUGGAUGGGGUUGGGCUGGUGUCAUUUGGCUCUACAGCAUUGUUUUCUACAUUCCCUUGGAUAUCCUUAAAUUCAUCAUCCGAUAUGCAUUGAGUGGCAAGGCGUGGAAUAAUAUUACUGAGAAUAGGACUGCUUUCACAUCAAAGAAGGAUUAUGGAAGGGGAGAGAGAGAAGCACAAUGGGCUGCAGCUCAACGCACACUACAUGGCCUCAAUCCUCCUGAAACAGACCAAAUCUUGAAUGAAAAUAAUAACUACAGGGACUUGUCUGAACUUGCAGAACAGGCUAGGAAACGUGCUGAAGUUGCAAGGUUAAGGGAGCUUCACACACUGAAGGGGCAUGUCGAGUCUGUUGUGAAACUCAAGGGACUUGACAUUGAAACAAUUCAGCAGCACUACACUGUUUGA